AUGUUCCUGUUCAAGUGUUGCAGCGGCGGUUGGAAAACAAAAAAGGCAAAAUCCGUUGUCGGUGAGACUACCGAUGCUUGUCCUCUAAAGGAAGAAGAGCAAGUCAAAUGUGGACUUAGCAUGAAGUCUGGCACUAACGCUCCUGAGAGCUGUGACGCGAACAGCUUCAAACAUCUUGCACAUCCUUCUCACAUUAGUCCCAAUCCAAGCUUGAAUAUUCCAUUCAUUGAUGAGUUCAAUGACGCUCCAGUAUUGGUGCAAAUAGCAGAAAAAAAAUUUCAACACGCCACACCCAGAAGGUCAAUUAUGCUGCCACCAUUUUCGAGUUCAAAACAAUAUGAUAUCGAAUCAUUGCCACCAGUAGCAUUAAGGCGGCCGAGUUUGACCAGUACAGGAACGCCACCGGCCGAGACGAUUAAGCUCCAGAGAAAUAAUAGGAGAACUUCCUCGUCGUCGGUAAACAGCGAAGACUUCAAAGCUGUCAUCGAUAAGGCUCUUGAAAAUGAGCAAGAAGUGUCAUGCUUGAAGAAACUGCUCUCAGAAAAGUUUUCAGGUAAGUCAUAUUGCGUUUCAAAACUGUCAGGUGCCACUGAAGAUAAUGUAAAUAAGCUGAAACCGCUGAAAUCACUUGAGCCGACUUAUGACAACAUGGACAGUGUCCUUCAUUUGGAAUCCGUGUUCUCAGACGGCUUAGAUUCCGGCGUUGAGACGGAUAUUUCGUGGCGAAGUAGCAGAUACGGCUCAACCAAAUGUAUGCAUCAUCUUGGCAGCCAGAGCAUAGCCCCUAGCAGGCCAUCGUCAGUAUUGGACGUUAGCAACACCUCAGCGACAGAAAUUCGCUGGCCGAGCUGUUUAGAACCCUCCUAUCGACUUGAACUUGCAUCAUAUGAUUUCCACAUCACGAAUUACGAUGAAGACUUUGCGUGCAUGAACAUGAUCGAUUGGGCCUGCAAACUGAUCAGCUCCAUGAAAAGUCCAUUAAUUAACGAUGAAUACUUAAUGAACUUAAUUCACAUGAUGCUCUAUGAUUGUACGAUGUUUCACCGGCAUUAA